AUGCUCGACCUGCUGUCUAGCAGGGGUAUUGCGCCUCCUGAGGAAACGUCUGCCCCAGCUUCGAAGCAGCUUCAGCGCCGCCCCGCGCAGCACAUUGCGCCACCCAAGAGUCAGCUGCCCGAGGACCUGCGCCCGCUCGAGGCCCUCGCCCAGAAGCGCAAGGACGAGUUGAGCGCCGCCGCCUCAGAGGCGCUCAACCGCGAGCUCACCCGUCUCGCAAAGAUCCCCGCCCAGGCGGCUGAGUACAGCGUCGGUAAGACGUACUGCGAGUGGCUGCUUGCGCUGCCGUGGCACCGUGUGACCGAGGGCAAGCGUCUCGAGCUCGACACGGCCCGCAAGAUGCUCGACGAGGACCAUGAGGGUCUGCAAGAGGUCAAGCGUCGCGUCAUCGAGUACCUCGCCGUGUACCGGCUCAAGCGUGAUCUCUGGGAGGAGAAGCAGGCCCGCGAACAGAAGAAGCGCGACGAGGAUACCUCUGGUCAGCUGGCCUCUGGCGCCCAGACGCCCUCAACUUCCAAGGAGAUUGUUCCCUACGACCCGGAGAAGGCCGCCAAGGCCGUGGCGGCCAAGACUAAGCCCGCGGCCGAGCCAACCGCGCCCGCCGAACUCAAGUUCAUGGUCGAGGACACCCCGCCCGACAACGUCUUCCGCGACAAGGCUCCCAUUUUGCUUCUCGUCGGGCCACCAGGUGUCGGCAAGACCAGCAUUGCGCGCUCCAUUGCUCAGUCUCUCGGCCGCAAAUUCCACCGAAUCUCGCUCGGCGGCGUGCGCGACGAGGCUGAGAUCCGCGGCCACCGCCGUACUUACGUUGGUGCCCUCCCUGGUCUCUUCGUCCAGGGCCUCCGCAAGGUCGGCGUCGCCAACCCUGUCAUCCUGCUCGAUGAGCUUGACAAGGUCGGUCACUCCAGCUACCACGGCGACCCAUCGGCCGCGCUUCUCGAGACGCUUGACCCAGCGCAGAACUGGACGUUCCACGACCACUACCUUGGCGACGUGCCCAUCGACCUCAGCCAGGUAACAUUCAUUGCGACGGCCAACUCGCUCGACACGAUCUCGCCACCGCUCCUUGACCGCUGCGAGGUCAUUGAGUGCCCUGGUUACGUGACGGACGAGAAGCUUGCGAUCGCGCGCCGCUUCCUCCUACCGAAGCAGACCAAGGAGAACGGGCUCGAGGAGGUGCGGGCGGCGGACGAAGUCCUCGAGCGUGUCGUUAGCGACUACACGCGCGAGGCAGGCGUGCGUACCCUUGAGCGCGAAAUUGCCAAGUUAUGCCGCGCAAAGGCCGUGCAAUUCUCCAACUCGCGGGACGGCGGCGACAAGUACGACCCCGAGGUCAAGCUCGAAGACCUCGAGGGCAUCCUCGGUAUGGCCAAGUACGAGGCCGAGGUGCGCGAGGCGUCGGUGCGCCCGGGUGUUGUCACGGGACUCGCGUACCGCGGCUCGGGCAACGGCGGCAUUCUCAUUGUGGAGAGCACACUGGUGCCGGGCGGCAAGGGUCGCCUCCACCUGACUGGCCAGCUUGGCGACGUUAUCCGGGAGAGUGCUGAGCUCGCGCUGGCAUGGGUGCGCGCGCACGCGCCGAGCCUCGGCCUGGAAGACCCGCUCAAGGACGUCGACAUCCACCUUCACCUUCCCUCGGGCGCGGUGAAGAAGGACGGACCGAGCGCGGGCGUGGCCAUGAUUCUGGCCUUUGUGUCGUUGCUCACUGGCCGUACUGUGCCGCCGACAAUGGCGUUCACGGGCGAGAUUACGCUGCGUGGUGCUGUCACGGCGGUGGGCGGUAUUCGGGAGAAGGUGCUGGGUGCACACCGAGCGGGCAUCACACACGUGGUGCUCCCGGGCCAGAACGAGAAGGACACACACGAGCUGCCGCCCAGCGUACAGAAGAUGCGCUUGACGUAUGUGCGUUCGGUGGAGGGACUGCUGGAGGAGGUGUGGGGUCAGGAGGUGUGGGCUGGUGGUCAGCGUCCGCCUGCGCAGGCGAGGCUGUAG